ACAUCCCUAUUGCGUUGUCUAGAAAUUAAUAAGUUUUUUGCAGCAAAUAAAAGUUUUGUAAGGCCACCGCAGCAGGUGGGUCGUUAAAGGCUAACACUUUGGCCUAUGUGCGCCGUAACACCGUAAUUUUUUGCCGUUUCUUUGCCGUUGACGUUGCCCCUGUGCACUGAACUGAAGACUCUGGAGAUCAGAGAUCUUGGCGAGUAUGGAGAACGACCAGGAGGAGUUGCGCCACCACCCACGGGUCACUAUGUCGUUUUCAAGCCCCACCGCUGGAGAGACCCAUUCCCCGCAGUUUAUGAUGCUACCUGAUGGCUACAUGCUGUUUAAUCCUUAUAUGGCGGCGCCGGAGCCUCAGUCUACAUCUCCACCACCGUCGUCUUUCACCGCAUUGGUGGCACCGCGUCGUGACGUUUCCAUUUCCUCGGGAUAUGAGCCUACGCCACCAGUUCGAUGCGAUAAGUGCAGCUUAGCAACUAAUCUCUGUCGAUGUCACUUUGUUGACUCCACUCAAAGCCAGCCGCAGGAUUCGUCUCCUCAGUUUGUGGAACUGCCCUCUUCAUCAACUGCCACUUCCAGAAGCCGCCAAGCGGAACAGAAGAAGACUGAACCCCUUAAUUUGCAACACGAGGGUAACGAUGCUGCCGAUGACGUGGUGGUCUCCAUUAACGGAACAUGGCCCGCGGCCGCUAUGGAGGAGCAUGCCAUGGAUGCCACUGCGGUGGUGUACGAACAACCCUCCAGUUCUCUGCAGCUGAGCAAUAGCUUUGAUGACGUUACCUCCAGUGCCUCGGAUACGGAGCACGGUCAGUUCGCCAAUACGCGUACCACCAAUACCACUACCACUACAUCGGCUGUGCAGGCGCAUAAAAAGAAGCUGAACCGUUCGAAUGACGCUUCUUCGAACUCCUCCUCGGGUGGCGGUGGAGGAUCAGGAGUGGAACUUGACGCAACACCCAGUACGAGUGCCCAAGCGAGAAGACAACAGGUAGAUCGAUUAUCAUACCGACGUGCCAGGGUUUUGGAGCCGGAUAACGAGAGCAGCGACGAUGGCUGGGACCUAAGGAUGCAUAACUCUGCCGCCCAGGCGAAACCUGCGGUUACUGUAAUACGUGGCCAUGGUAGGAGAGAAAACCAGACAGACGAUCACACGGAUCACACCUACUUUAAUAGUCGUAGACCGGAUAGCACGUACAGACCAGCUGCUUCCUGCUCGACGGCCACCCACACAACAUGCAGCGUGGACUAUGGCUCUCGAAUGCGCCAGAACACGGCAUCGCCUUCGACGACUUCGACGGAACAGGAGCAACUGGACGAAGAGCAGCCACAACAGCAAGCUAGUCGUGUAUUUAUUGAAAGUGAAUAUGAAAACUCAGGUGCUUUUUGGAGUCAAACUCGCCCCACAGACGAAUCGGGACCUCCGAGAAAGCUGCCGCGUCUGGACAACCGGGACAACAGGGAGUCGCCGCCCACUUCCUCAACCAAACUAUCUCCUACAAAUUUCAAUGCUUUUCAGCCGGGGAGAAGCAGACACCGCACCUUUGCCGAGCUGGGAAGCAGCAAUUCUACUCGGCAUUUGGAGCAAUCCGCCAAUGGAUCAUGUGUAAUAACGUAUGUGGGCAGACCACGGGAGCGUCAGUCUUCCGGAGAGCUGAACAAUCAGCCUUCAACAUCGUCGGGCAAGCGUGGCAAUCCUAGCAGCUCCAACACGAAUUCAAACCGGAGAGAUGCUGUGCUGACUGCUCCCGAUUUACAACUGGAUGAUUGGUCUUCCGACUCCAACGAAGAUGAUGAUGAUGUUGUCUUCGUGCACUCCACACGCGAGCCGAUUCUCUCCAUCGAUCUGACCUCGGAUGACGAUGGUGGCUUAGCCAAUGAGAGGCCGCAACGCGAGGAAACGGUGCGGCAAACCCAGGAUGUGCGUGGCAGUGAAAGUGGAAGAGAUAGGGGACGGGGAGUUGCAAUUAGUGACAUAAUUCUAAGAGAAAUCCAAAGGGAAGAAGAUACUUUGGCGGUCCGUGACAGAGACCAGGAACGGAGUGCGUUGGAUGCCCGCGAUGAAAGGCGACCAAUAUUUAAUUACGCUUACCCACUUCCCUAUCCCCGUAGAUCGGAUCGCCGAACGGAGGCGGGUGAAGAUGGCACGUCUGCGUUUGCUUUCUACAGUGGCGCUCUUGCCAAUAGGCCAGCCAUCACGGACCACAACUACAGCUAUGAACUGGACCAAUUGCUGGAUCACAACUCCAGACAUUACUAUCCGCCGCCACGCUGCUCCAGCAUGGAUCCGCAGCGCUACUUCCAGCCCAUCAGUGAGCAGCCUUCCAUGUGGCUGCUUGGCACGCCACCUGCUCCCGGUCAUGUUCCAGCUCCGGUUUCGGCCCCUCUUGCUCCGCCCGAGAGUAUGGCCUCUGGCACAGUUGCUUCCACGGCAAGCAGCUCCACUGGGUCUACGUCUUCCCAGGCAGCCCGCCGGAGACGGAGUAGUCCGGCGAAUGUGUACCACCGCUACCAGCCGUACUACGUUCCCCACUAUGCAAUAACGCCACUGCCUACUGUCAUGGAGGCUGUGUACGCUCCCACUCUCCAACCCUUGCCCUCCACACAUGCCCAUCCUCAUCCGCACCCAAAUCUCCAUUACCAGAGCCAAGGCGGAAGCAGUCGAAGCUCAUUGAGCGGAGCCAUCAAUGCGGCAGCUGUUGCAGGCGCAGCUGCAGCAGCACAGGCGCAAUCUUUCAGCGAUCUCUUAUCAAGGACUCACAGUGAUGCCGGAAGGGGAGUGGCAGCUGGGAUGGAAAGCGUCCCGGUGGGAAAUCCAUCGCCGCCACAUCCGCUUGUACAACAUCAGCAGCAGCACCAGCAGCGAACUGCUAUAAAUCCGCCGCCGGGCAUAGUUUCGUCUGUUACAUUAGGAGCCGCUGUGUCCCCCCCACCUCUCCUGGAGAUGUACUCGGGCCGAAGUACCAUUCCCUAUUGCGGGUCGCCACCAUUUAGUGUACGACGAUCAGAAGCGGCGUAUAGUAACAGGCAGCACUACCAGCCGCAGCCUCAUCAGGGCCACCAGGCGCCCCAGAACCAAAUGCAUGCUCACAUACACCCGCCGCACAGGGCAAGCGCCCUUGUGGCUACCUCGUUGACCCCGGCGCCGCCGUAUCCAGUGCAUCAAAACCUGUGGUACAGACAACAGAGCAUCCAAGAGCUGCACAGGCGACAUAUGACCCCCACUCCCAUUGAUCUCUCCUCGAAUGCGCCACUACUAACUAGCAGCCUGCGAAAUGGAUACAUGCACAGCAUCUGCAACUGCGUGCACGCAAGAAGUGGUCCGGUUUCCAGUCUAGAUCCGGCCUAUUAUCCGCCUUAUGAUGCCGGAGUUGCCGGAUCAGCCGCUCCCCCGGUACAAACGCAGUCGCAGGGAAGUUCCAUUAGUCUAGCCGGAUCCGCUGGGUCCACGGGAGCACCACCCAUGCUAAGGAUUCCAACACAAGCGCAGACGUCCCCACCGCCUUCCCACCUUUUGCGGCGGCAGCGUGCAAUUCACCAUCAUAUGUUCCAUCACCACUACUCUCCAUUGCAUCUAGAGAUUGGUCUGGCCACCCCCUUAUCCCUAGGAUCUCGUAUACUUAUUGGACCACCAAGACCGAAUCGCGGAGCCACCUUGGAAACCAUCGAGCGGAAUACUCUGCCUCAUAAAUAUAGACGUGUGCGCCGGCCAAGUGAAACCGACGAGGAUGCCGAGAAGUGCGCCAUCUGCUUGACCCUUUUUGAAAUUGAGAACGACGUCCGGCGCCUGCCUUGCAUGCAUUUGUUCCAUACCGACUGUGUGGACCAGUGGCUGGUCACCAACAAGCACUGCCCAAUUUGUCGCGUCGACAUCGAAACCCAUAUGGCCAAUGAUGCACUGGCCUCCAGUGCUAGCGGUGUCACAGACGCCGCCAGCAGCGCCGCCUUAUGACACUGUGUGCAUGGAAUCUUUAUGUAAGCCUCCUGGAAGGAGGUAGUCGCGGCUGGCAUCGAAAGGACAAUUAAUCUUAUAACCAUAGGAACAAACUUUAAAAUAUUUAACCCACCACAGCACGCAACUACGGUUGCGUAGUUGCGAUGAAAAAUAUCAAAAGCUACGUCUGUUUGGCUCAAUUUCUAAUUCAUAAGUAUCAUAAGUGAUUCGGCAAAUUAUUUCCUAUUCAUAUGUACAAAUUGUCCACGUCUUGUGAAACAAAAUUCUUGUGAUAAGAAUUUCAUAAAUGCAUAUAUUGUUAUAGAAUAGAAUUCCCAUCAUGGGCGAGACUCAUAUUUAUUCCAGCCCAUGCUUGUUACACUUUUAAUUUGUCACACAAAUAGGACUCGACGAUAAAACAGGACGCGAAGCCAUGUUUCUAAUCGGCCAAGGCAUUUUAUAUUUAAUUUUUAAAUCCCAAAGGCAUGUUAAUACCCUUUAUGAUUUUCUAUUAAUACUUUUGUUAUGUUUUUACUUUUCACAACUAGUUGUGAACUAUUAUAAAGUGUUUAUCUUCUGACGGAUAAAAACCAGAUUAAAAUUAAUUAUUUCCUUUAUAACGUUUGGGCUCUACCACCUCAAUUAUUGCUCAAUAUCUCAUAUCGUGCCAUAAUCCAUUAAAAAUUUGUAUCAUUCUAACGUAAGUUCUGUGUUACUUUGGCAAAGGCACAAUGCAUAAAACUUUUCCCAGUGUCGUCACGAACGACAAAAAUAAAAUGAAUAAUAAUAUCAUA